AUGUCAGAGGGCGGCAGGAAGAAGACGGCGUGCGUGACCGGACGCAACGGGUACAUCGCCUCGGUGCUCAUCAAGAUGCUGCUCCAGAAAGGCUACGCCGUCAAGACGACGGUCAGGAACCCCGGGACCUGCAGGCUGCAGGCGCUUGGCCCCCUGCAAGUCCUCCGCGCCGACCUGGACGACGAAGGCAGUUUCGACGACGCCGUCGCUGGCUGGGACUACGCCUUCCUUGUCGCCGCUCCAGUGAACCUCCAUUCGAAGAAUCCUGAGAAAGAACUGAUCGAGCCUGCUGUCCGAGGAACCCUGAACGUCAUGAGGUCGUGCGCCAAGGCAGGGACAGUGAAGCGCGUCGUCCUGACCUCGUUGGCGGCCGCAGUCUCCGGCAGGCCGUUGCAAGGCAGCGGGCACGUUCUGGACGAGGAGUCCUGGUCCGACGUCGAGUACCUCACUGCCAACAAGUCCGGCCCCUGGGGGUACCCAGUCUCCAAGGUGCUCUCGGAGAAGGAGACCAUGUCAUGGUUCCCCAAUGCAAAACUUGCAGGCGACGAAGCAGCGUUCGGCGUGCUGAGAGGCAUCGAGAUGGCCACGGGCUGCGUGCCGUUGGUUCACGUCGCCGACCUGUGCCGCGCCGAGAUGUUCGUCGCCGAGGAGGACGCGGCCGCCGGGAGCUGCUCCGACGAGGUCCUUCAGAAGCCGAGAGUGAGCCUGUCGUCGGCGAAGCUUGUCAGCGAAGGGUUCGAGUUCAAGUACCAGACGCUGGGCGAGAUCUACGACGACGUGGUGGAGCACGGCAAGGCCCUGGGGAUUCUACCCAGCUGA